ACAGCGGCCGUGAGCCCCGGGGUCCCCGGAGCUCCAGCCCGGCCCUGCGGCCCCAGCCAGCCCCACCAUGCUGCCGGCGGGCGGCCCCAGCCCCGCGCAGACCUGCGGGGCCGUGCUGGUGGCCGCCGUGCUCCUGCAGUCCGUGUGCGUGGCCGUCACCUUCCUCUACUUCACCAGCGAGCUCCGACAGCUCCAGGACUCGUACUCCAAGAGCGGCAUCGCUUGUCUCACCGGGGAGGAGAUCGGAAAUUCCAUCCAAAACUUGGAUCUCAUCGAAAGCGAAGACAGAGAAGCUGAUCCCUGCUGGCAAGUGAAGUGGCACCUGGGAAAGUUAAUUAAAAAGAUGAUGUCAAGAAGCUACGAGGAAAACAUAUCUGCAAUCAACGUUGAAAGGACUCUGACACUGCCCCACUCGGAGGGGCAGCAGCCGCGCAGUCCCAGCCGCAGGAUCGCGGCGCACCUGACGGGCAGCAGCAGCAGGAGGAGUGCCCUGUCCUCACGCAUAAAUCCCUUGCCCAGAAGAGGAAUUGGACACAAAAUAAACAACUGGGAAUCAUCAAGAAAAGGCCACUCCUUCCUUUACAACGUGGAGCUGAGAAAUGGCGAGUUAGUGAUACCCCAGACAGGCUUUUAUUACAUCUACUCACAAAUUUACUUUCGCUUCCGUGAAAACGAGAACGAGGACUCAGAUUUGUUGGGACAAAUCAGAAACCCCAAACAGCUUGUCCAGUAUGUUUACAAACUGACUAAUUACCCUGAGCCCAUUUUGCUCAUGAAAAGUGCAAGGACAAGCUGCUGGUCUAAAAAGGCAGAAUAUGGACUUUAUUCCAUCUAUCAAGGUGGUGUGUUUCAGCUGAAGAGAGAGGACAGGAUUUUUGUCUCGGUCAGCAACAGUGACAUAGUUGACAUGGACAAAGAAGCAAGUUUUUUUGGAGCCUUUAUGAUCGGUUAAAACAUGAAAAUCAUGAUCCCAAACAGCCCAGCUUUUCUAGUCAGGGACAGCUUAAAUUCCUAUAAAAUAGGGGGUAACAAGCAAAAGCUGUAUUGAUACCAACAAGAGCAGCCUGCCCUUUCUCAGCUCACUCACCACAUGCCGAGUUCUGUCCCAGCAGGCAGGAAGAGCAGCAGCAGCUGGCUGUGGGUGGCAAUGCUCUGUGCAGGCACAGGCAGCCAGGCUGGCAGUGUGUGAGGGAUUCACAGCCCCCAGGUGAUACCUUUGGCCAGAACCCCGGGCAGGUAAGCGCUCUCCAGCAGCAGAGAUGCUCCAGGCUGGCUCAGCUGUGGCACAAGAGAUGGCAGAUUCUCCAGGUCUGGUUACUCAUGGCUGAGACUGGAUAUCAAAUUUUAUUUGUGGUCUCCAUUGGGACCCUGUCUUGAAUAUGUCAGCUCCUGUAAGGAGCCUUUGUACAUACUGUGCCCAAGUGCCUGUAGAAUUUCUCCAGAAGUUUUUUGAACAGGAGUUUUGCAGAAGCUGCACGCCUUCAUCUCGUCUAACAAAGCACUUAAGCACCUAAUUAAUUUUAAGCACACAAACAGUCCGACUACAUCAGGGUAUCCAUAUGCUUGAAAUUAAGUAUGUGCUUAAGCAUUCUCCAGGACUGUGUCUUGAGUAAAAACAUUUGUCUUGUGCUGGAUAUUGUACAUAAGAGCAGCUGCUGGAAUGGCACUGAAGAGCUUUUGAAAUCAAUCUGUGUUUUGAUCAACAUUUUGUAGCAGUGCCUAUUUACUUAAUUACUGUGCUGCAGACAUCUCACAGGGCUCCCAAUAAGUUCAGUAAUACAGUUACUGUUACACUUGUUGACAGCAAGAACUGGAUCCAGAAAAAAAAAAGUGGGUUAUUGUAAAUAAUGAGUUCUGUGAGAAAUUUGCAGCAAGUUAGGCAUGACAAGAUUCCUCCAUGUUUAUUUGUCCUGGUCUCUGGUAGGAUGUAAUGUAGAAUAACACACCCCAAUGACUAACAAUUUAAGGAAAACAAACACAGUUAUGUGUUCUUACAAAAAUGCUGCUUAUUUAGGUAAUGCUGUAAUUAUUUGAUUUUAUUUUUAGGAAUGGGUGGAAAAAUUUCACAAUUCUUUUUGUACAAUACAUUUUUUUAAAAAAAAUUAACAGUAUAUUUUUUAACUCAAUGAAAAUGACUAUUUUGUAUUAAAAGGAUUUUAACGUUUAGACUGUAUGGGCUCAAUGCACAGCAAAAGUCAAGCAGUGUAAAUCAGCACAUCUGUAGCAUUGUCAGUGGAGGAAUAGCAAAUUGCACCAUGAAUGCAUUUUGCCCAGAUUCAGAGGAGACAGUGGGAAAGGUGAAAAAUAAAAUUACUGGAGGGAAAUGAAGACAGUUCUGCAAAUGUCACUUUACAUCAACAGAGUGAUGGCAGGAUAAAAGUCUGGCUAUUUUUUGAACACACUGGGGUUGCCGUGGGAACCCUCCCAUUCACCUGCAUGUGGUAAUUAAAUCACAGCAGCCCCUGCACAUGGGCCUCACCAGUAAACAGGCACAGCUCAUCUUCCUGCCCAGCCAACAACAGGGGAUUAACACACACCAGCCCCUGUCUUCAGCUGCCAUGCAGACAAGCAGGUGCAUUGGCUCACUUAAAUACCUGUGUUGGAGCAGCAAGAGCAGAAUUUCAGAUUUUCAGGAAUACCCUCCUUUUGGCAGGUUAGGGCAAAGAAACACACCAGUGUAAGCUGAAAAUAAUGAGUUUUAACUUCUGCCUGCUGUUUAACAGUGUCACACACGCUGUUUUCAGUGGCAAUCAAAUGUGAGAUAAUUCUUCACCAUUUACUGGAACACUUGGGUUUGCCUCCUUCUCAAAUCAUCUGUUUUGACAGAUAACAGAAAACAUUUCUACAGUUUUCUUUCUGAUUUCAGUAUUUAAUUCAGAAAUUUUCUCCCUGCCAGAAAGGCUGAAGAACAAAGUCAUUCCCUACAUACCUGUAUGUCUUUUACCUUGGAGAAAUGACUUUUGUAGGCUCUCCUUGCAGAUGGACUGGGCUUGGUGAUUUCAGCACAGGACUCACCCCUGCUAUCAGAUUUGGUCUCUGCAUGCAGAGCAUAUUGCAACAGGAAUCAUACCAAAUAAUUUUCUGAGUGAUCUGAAGACGUGUUUGCCAGAUCUUAUCUUGGGGGAAGAUUAUCAAGGGAUAUCAGACAGGACACCUUUGAAGAAAAAUGGAAAAAUAUAGCAAGUUCUGUUUGUGCUGUGUCCUAACUCAUUCUUUUCAUCUCACUUUGUGCUGAAUGACAUAUGUAGCAAAUUUUUAUAGGUUGCAUUAACGUGUGAAUAUUGUAAAUUUUUCUACAUGCGUUUUAUAUAAAACAUUUUUACUAAAUAGUUA